CCGUCACAUGACCGUCCCCCAGCCCGGCUCCAUCAGCUGACACCACAGCUUCACGACGCACUAGCUCACUGUCCUGCCACCAGAAGGGAGGACGCAUCUGCACCAUGAGACAUUUAAUUUUCCUAGUUAUUGUGGCUCUUGCUACUGCGGAGUUACCCAGGAUCCCUCUUCAUAAGAUCAAGUCUGUCCGCCGUACUCUACAAGAAGUUGACACUGCUGUGACUCGGGCACACCGAAAAUGGGGAAAUCGAGGACCAAUGCCAGAGCCUCUUUCAAACUACAUGGAUGCACAGUACUAUGGACCCAUUUCCAUUGGCACUCCCCCACAAUCCUUCAGAGUGGUCUUUGACACAGGGUCCUCCAAUCUUUGGGUGCCUUCCAAGCAGUGUCACUACACAAAUAUUGCCUGUAUGAUUCACAAUAAGUAUGAUGCACGUAAAUCUUCAACAUAUAAGAAAAAUGGAACUGAUUUUGCCAUCCAGUAUGGGUCUGGUUCACUCUCAGGAUAUUUGUCCACUGACACUGUAGCAGUUGGUUCUUUGGCUGUGAGGCAACAGACUUUCGCAGAGGCUUUAAGUGAGCCCGGUUUGGCUUUUGUUGCUGCAAAGUUUGAUGGUAUUCUUGGAAUGGGAUUUGAUAACAUUGCUGUGGAUGGUGUCACUCCAGUUUUCUACAAUAUGGUCAAGCAGAGCUUAAUACCUGCUCCUGUCUUCAGUUUUUAUCUCAACAGAGACCCAUCUAGUCCUGAGGGUGGGGAGCUAAUCCUUGGUGGCUCAGACCCUAAUUACUACUCUGGAAACUUCACCUACAUACCUGUGGAUCGCAAGGGCUACUGGCAGAUUAAGAUGGAUGGGAUUCAGAUGAAUGGGGCAAGGGUACCUUUCUGUGAAGGUGGAUGUGAAGCCAUAGCCGACACAGGAACCUCCCUGAUUGCUGCACCAGUAGAGGAAGCUCGUAGUAUAAACAAGAAGAUUGGUGCAAAGCCAAUUGCAGGUGGAGAAUGGUCAGUGGACUGCAGUCUGAUCCCUCACCUUCCAAAGAUUUCAUUUGUUCUCAAUGGACAGCCUUUCACAUUGGAGGGCAAAGAUUACAUUCUCAAGGUGAGUGUGUUUGGAAGGGAAGAGUGUGUUUCUGGAUUUAUUGGACUUGAUGUCCCACCUCCCAUGGGCCCCCUCUGGAUCUUAGGAGACACCUUCAUUGGUCGUUUUUACACAGAAUUUGAUUUGGGAAACAAUCGAGUUGGCUUUGCUAUAGCCAAGUAGAUGAAAGAGGAUAUACAUACUGUAAUGGGUAAUGACAAGAAAUAGUCAAGUUCAGUUGUAAUGACCUGAGCAAAUUUAAUUUCAACUUUUGAACUAAUUAAUGUUUGAUGCAUUAGAAAUUAUGAAUCUACAGCUGGAGUUGUACUGUUUAUAUAUUUGGGAGGUAUGAUACCUAUGUUAGACAAAAUACAAAAUUGAACAUCUCGUACUGCUUGUUGAAUGCUGAACACCAAUUUAUGAUGUUGCUACUUGAUGUAAAGUAUUAUCCCAACUUGUGGUAUUAAUUUAUGCAUUUACCUAUAGUUAAUUACCAUUGAUGAGCAAAGUUUACCACAUUCCCUUAGGUUAUCACAGUACAGUACAUACUGAAGAAUUUUAGAAUUAACAUAUAUACUGGUGUUUCAUGUUAAUAAUACUCGAUGUAAUCUUAGAGAACUUGGGUAACUUUUUUUUUUUGCCUUUUUAAAUGAUUACAGGAAUAAAUAUACCAAUAUAGCCUUGCCUGACAUCACUUGCGUUAAGUUUAUUAAAACCUGAGAUGUGUCAUUCUUUGCUGCCUGCUGUAAAUUUUAGGUGGAUCAAAAUUUUAAGUUUCAAUUUGCAUUUGCAUUGCUAAAGAAAUGUUAGAUUAAUUAAAUUGUGAUGAAACGUGUAGGGCAACCUUACUACAGUCAUUGUACCUCGGAUGUGGAUUAUAUCGUAUGAGAUUUUACUAUAUGUACUAUUAAGGCCAUAUUGUUAUGUUCCGAGUCUUGUAAAGUGUAAUGUUUCAAUUUCUAAAUUUUUCUUUUAAUACAAACCAAAAAAAUUUGUUUGAUCCAUGACAAAUAAUAAAAUAUAUGAUAUAAACCAUAAAAAUAA